AUGCAUGGUAGACCGCGUCUUAGACAGUUUGGUAGGAAGCAACAUAUUUCGGGACCAUGUGUUGAGAUUGAUCCUUUUCAUUACAAACGUGACAAGUGGUAUGCUAUAAAAGAGGAAGAUGAACAAAAUUUUAUGCGUACUGACUCUUUAUGGGUUGAUCGUCGACGAAGGUUAAUUCUCACUGAGUAUCAAACUAAACAGCUGGAGGCACUAUCAGAGUACUUUCAUUGGUAUCGACGUCACUCGCACACUUUCAUAGGAAAUCCCGCACAUAAUGUGGAUAGAGGAUACCAACACAUGGCAGGCAGGCAUGAGGCACUAGCUUUAGGACAUCAAGAAUCGUACAGGUUGGCUCACGAGACUAUCCAAGAUCCCACCGUGUCUAAUGAAAUGAAGGAAUUAGCAGAGAAGUUUAGCCACAUUAAUACAGAGUCUAUGGCUGCUGCCUCCCUGGGGACGAUGUUGAGUUUCGCUCCAAAUUAUACACCACCGUCGGAGUACGUUGAGCCGCCUACUGUGCAUGUUCCACGUCGUCAACGUCCUAAUGUACCUAGACCUACUGCACGUGGUAGAGGAUGCCAAGCAGGUAACAGGCGGGGUCGAAGCCCUGUGGAUCACCAGUUGGUUAAUGAAGAUGACGUUCGUUUUGAUCAGGAUAUGCCUAGCUCAUCGAUGCCUGCAGUUGAUUAUGCAUAUUACCCAGGCAUCUUGCAAUGUGUCCAAAGACAUAAUUGGUUACAACCACCAUCCACACACCAUAGGUUUUGUGUUCGGCAUUUGAAAAGCAACUUUACUAAAAAGUUCCUCAACACUGACCUUGAGCAGCUAAUGUGGUUGGCGGCUACAGAGCACCAGAAGAAGAAGUAUAAAAUGAGGAUGGAACAAAUCAAAAUAUUGUCACCUCCAGCGCAUCUAUGGUUAAAUAAUCUUCCGGAGGAAAAAUGGACAUUGAUUAAGGACAACGAUAUUGAUUAA